AUGUCUUCAACUGCGCAGCUGCCCUCUGAGGUGACCAUCAGACGUGUCCGCUACACAAAUCAAAGCAGCAACCGCAAUGCAACCACAAUCGUUCGCGAGCGCGUACCCACACCAGGACCCGGUCAAGUCCUCGUCGCUGUACAUGCUGUAUGCCUUGAUGCUUCUAGUAUCCAUCCCGUCUUGAGUCGCUCUUUUAGUGGUACUGUUGUCUUUGCACCACCUGCAGCACUCGCUGAUGACACCACGCAAACAAUCACGUGGCAUGCAGGAGAUCGAGUCUGGGGACGUGUUGGUCGAGCAUCGGAUGCUGUUGCUGAAAUAAUUGCUGUUCCUAGGUAUGCGCUGCGUAAGAUGAAGACGGACCGGACGUUUGCCGAGGCGUCGACGCUUGCUGGACCUGGAUUGCUCGCGUUUCGCGCACUGCAGAUGGCGGAUCUGGCAAAGGAGGGAAGACCCAGGGUCCUCGUUCACGGUGGCAACACUGGCAUUGGCACUUUUGUCAUUCAAUUUGCCAAGAUCAUGCAGUGCGACGUCGAGGUGACUAUCCGACCAUCAGAGAUCGAGUUUAAGCAAAACUGUCGCGACUUGGGUGCAGAUGACUUUGUGGAUCUACAAGAAGAGAUCAGCUACGGCAAGACGCUUGCUUCUUUCCGUGGUCGCUGGGAGCGCAACUUUUCCGCCGUCAUUGAUUGUGUGGGCAACGAGACAAGUCUUUAUGACAAGAUGUCACAAUACACGCGAGAGGGAUCCAAGUACUUGACCAUCAAGUCACAGAGUAUCAGCUGGAAGAGUGCCAUCUUCAAGAAACUUAGUGUAUCUCCACGAGAGUACGUCUACCUCGACGACUCGCUCACUGAACAAGAAGCGCAGAAACAACUUGAGCUUAUUGUUCGCUGUAUCGACUCGCCAGAAUUUGUCGAUAUUGAAGUACAAGAUGUUUUCAGCUUGGAAGAAACAGAUGAAGCGAUUGCCAAGAAAUUGGCCAAUAGCGGUUUCGGGUGCAUUGUGAUUGAGGUCAUGCCAGCAAACGACGGGACACUGCAGACUUGGCUGAAGCAGUACCAAGACUGGGCAACGACUUGGGUCGCUGGAGCUUUCGCUGAGCCAGAACAGGCACCUGCUACCAAGUCUCGUCGUAUGAGCACACAAUCGCUUCGCAAGAGCACCUCUUCGCACAAAUCUGAUGGACGCUACCGCGGGUACGAUGCUGGUGUCUCUGCCUUUACGCUGGGAGCAUCAACCGGUGCUCAUGCGCCCAGUCACGGUCAUGGUCAUUGGGGUGGCGGUGGAGACGGUGGAGGUAGUUCUUUUGGCGGCGGCGGCGGCGAUGGUGGCGGCGGAAGCGGGGGCGGGGGCGGGGGUGGUUGUUGA